AUGGAUACGCUCCCUAAUUGGGUCAUGGGAGGUUACAUUCUGUUUUUCAUCGGAAUCAACGUUGUUAUGGAGAUGCUCGCUACCAACAACGAGGUCCGAAUGGAGAAAAAUGUUUCGGAACUUAAGCCGCAUCGUUUUAUUGUAGGCCCCAAUGGAAUGGCUCUUUCCCAUUUGAAUGGGCCUGCUGUGGAAUCUCCUCUGGCGCCACCAACGGGGCCAUUGUCAUCUGGGAGUGCCGUUGCAGCUGCUCGACGGCCGUGGCUGUCAACAACAUCGUCUCCACCAACAGCCUCCAGCUCGACUCCUGCAUAUGUCUUCAGUCGAGAUCAUAUCUUCGGCAUGGAAGAAGGCUUU